GUUCUUUCUAUAUUCCAGUGUGAAGGUUGACGGGAAAAGUGCCAACAUGGCCGUCCAGGAACAAUCCGAGCUGGUCCUUCUGAGAAAACUUGAAGAAGACGAGGUCUUCCGUCCUUUUCUUCGAGGAGAAUUUGACGCGAAGACCCACGCAAAUGACGUUCUUCAUCAUGGCAUCGCCAUUUCGCAGCAGCUUGCUAAACUGAACGAAGGAAUCAACCUGUUAGACAGGGAACUGCAUAGCCAGGUUGUAGCACGCCAUGAGGACCUGCUUGUCCAGGCUACGGGGAUCGAGUCCCUAGAAGGGGUGUUACAGAUGAUGCAGACCCGCAUCACCAACCUACAGGCGGCCGUGGAUCGAAUCCGCUCCAAGAUCGCCGACCCCUGCAACAAGAUCACCUCACGGACGGCGCAGCUCGCACGGCUACAGGCUGCCUGUGAUCUGUUAAGGAGGAUAAUCCGGAUCCUGUACCUGAGUCGGCGGCUGCAGACCCAGCUCCAGGGCGGGGCCCGUGAGAUCACCAAGGCUGCGCAGAGUCUGGAUGAGCUGGACUAUCUCAUGAAGGGAGCCGACCUCACUGGUAUAGAAGCUAUAGAGCAGGACCGACUGUUUAUAGAGAGAGCCAGGAGAGAUGUGGAGGAGCAGACUCGAGCUAUGCUGGAACAGGGCAUGCAGUCUCACAACCAGAUGCAGGUGGCCACAGCCCUACAGGUGUUCCAUAACCUGGGGUGUCUGUGGGAGCGGGUGGACGGGGUCGUGACCCAGCGCAGGGACACGCUACAGUCGGAGGUCAGGAAGGCUCUGGACAUCGCCACACUGUCACAACAACCCACAGAACCGGGCAGGAAGACUGGCGGGCCAGGUCGGGCAGCCAUGCCAGCCAUGGGUAACACAGCCAUGUUCAGGGCCACCCUGUGGACAAACCUGGAGAAACUCAUGGACCAUAUCUAUGCAGCCUGCUCACAGGUCCAGCAUCUCCAGACGGUUCUCUCUAAGAAGCGCGACCCCGUGACCCACGUGUGCUUCAUGGACGAGCUCAGGAAGGACGGCAGGCCUCCCAUCAUGCACUCCUUCUGGAAGGCGAUCACCCACAUCCUGACGCAGGAGUUUGCACAGGUGGCCGACACCUCAACCUUCCUCAAGCAGGCGUUUGAAGGUGAGUACCCGAAGCUGCUGCGCCUGUAUAACGACCUGUGGAAGAGAAUGCAGCAGUACAGAGCAAACAUGGCCGCUGCAGAGGAGGCACCGGGUGAAGACUUGCUGGGGAUCGUGGAGAGUUCUGAGAAUGAUGAAACCGACGAUGGACAGGAGGCGGCAAAGUUCGACCCAGAACAGGCUCUGCGUACGACGCUGUCUCCAUUCGAGCACGCGUACCUUUCUCGCUCGCUGUCACGACUCUUCGACCCGAUCAACCUCGUUUUCCCCUCCAGCGCGACAAGCACGCCCUCCCACGAGGAGCUAGACGGCAUCACCAAGGCGAUAUCGAGCGAGCUCAACGUCGCAAGCGUCGACAUCGGGCUUAGCAUCGUGGUCGCCAAGAAUGUCGCGAAGACCCUACAGCUGUACUGCGCGAAAUCGGAACAGCUGUUGUCUAACGACGAAGACAUAACGAUGAUCACGACCGGACAGAACCCGAACAUCGCUGUGGUGAACUCGCUCUACCAGCUGCAUCAGUCCGUUAGCAAAGUACUGGCAACAGUGACCACCCUCCCUCCUCCGGCCACACACACCAUACAAAAUGCCCUGAAGAGUAUCGCCGCCCUGAUGAACAGUUCACUAGAGCCCAUGCUCAAGUCGAUCUCCAAGUCCAUCGAAGCAAUCAUACAGUCCAUGCAUCGAGAAGACUUUUCCGGGCCAGUCCAAGAUGGCGGCGCACCGGACGCGUCCAGUUCUGGCUUCAUGAGGGAACUUCAGGACUUCAUCGCUCGAGUCGGGACCGACUGCGUCCCGAAAUUCGAGUGCAGAGAGUUCGUCAUGGAAAGCCUGCAGCCAGUCGCAUGCCGGACGGUAGAACUGUUUGUACGCCACGCCGGACUCAUACGACCUCUCGGAGAUGGUGGCAAGAUGAGAUUGGCGGCGGAUUUCGCUCAGGUGGAGUCGGCGCUCACUCCUUUCUGCCGCCGUAUAUCGGACCUGGGGAAACCGUACCGGCUUCUACGCGCUCUCAGACCUCUCCUGUUCCAGAGCACCGAUCAUGUCGCAUCCAGUUCUGCGCUUGGCGAGGUUAUUCCGUACAGCGCCGCUCUCCAUUAUCUAUUCUCCCGCAGUCCCCCAGAACUGAAAUCCCCCUACGAGGUCACCAGAUGGACCAUUCCACAGUAUUCCCAGUGGUUGGACGAACAUCCAAGCGAAAAAGAAAGGCUGCACUUCCUGAAGGGGACGUUAGAAGCGUAUGUUCAGGCAGUCAGGGCGAGGCAAGGGAAGGAGUUUGCCCCCAUCUAUCCCAUCAUGCUUCAGAUGCUACAGAAGGGAGUAGAGGCUUCUGGGUAAUGUUACCCAAAAAGCUUUGGGUGACAUGAACUUGAUUCAUGUACAAAUGUAUCAUGUAAAGAUGUAUUGAUUUAUGAAGAGAUUAGCUAUCAUUAAAGUCGUGCAGUAAAAGGGAAAGAAAUAUGUUCAUUGUAAGUUAAAUAGUUACGUUGUUCGCAAUGCUAGAAAAAGAGCAUUUAUGGGGCUAUAUAUGGAUAAAGAUCACAAGAAUGCUAUACUUAAAGACUUGGCAGCGCCAUGGUGCAUUUCAUGUGGUUCUUUAAGAAUCAAGGGCAUCCAUAAUCAUAGCUGCGUCAUAGAUAUAUGAAUAUAGCUGUGCUGUUUGGUAAAGGGUGAUGGUUAAGGGUAUGAGAUAAUUAAUUGGCCAUUCAGUGGCUAUUGCAGAGAUUCAUAAGCAAAUCAAUCAUAGCAAGACAAAAAUAUGAUAUUCACUCACUCUUAUUUCAAGUAUAAAAGUUCUUGUUUAUACACAGGGAGAAAGCCUUUUUUUUUU